ACACCAAGGAGAGGAACUGUACCAAAUGAGCCUUCUAAUGAAGUAGGUCACCAUCAAGGUCCCAAACAGGUGAUGGUGUUGAAAGUAACAGAACCAUUUACAUAUGACAUGAAAGAAGACAAAAGGAUGUUUCAUGCUACAGUGGCUACUGAGACUGAGUUCUUCAGAGUGAAGGUUUUUGACACAGCUCUAAAGAGCAAGUUCAUCCCAAGAAAGAUCAUUGCAAUAUCAGAUUAUUAUGGGUGCAAUGGGUUUCUGGAGAUAUACAGACCUUCCUGUGUGUCUGAUGUGAACGCUAACCAAAGAAUGGUUAUCUCAAGUACACUGAGGCAAAGAGCCAAUGCAACUCCGAAAAUUUCUUACCUUUUCUCACAAACAAGGGGGACAUUUGUGAAUGGAGAGUUUGCAGUGAUUAAGAAAACUGAGAGGAAUAAAUUCAUUUACUAUGGAAUUGAAGAUGAUACAGGGAAAAUGGAAGUGGUGGUUUAUGGACGACUCACCAAUAUCAACUGUGAACCAGGCAAUAAACUUAGACUUGUCUGCUUUGAAUUGACUUCCACUGAAGAUACAUGGCAGCUGAGGUCUGUAAGACACAGUUACAUGCAGAGGAUCAUGAACAGAAAUCAUAAGUUCCUACAAAUGCCCAGAGAAAAUAGACAACAAGGUGUUGCAAUAAAUCUCCAACCCAAAAAAGCCUGUGCAAAGAACACACCACACCACUCAGUUAUAAUAUUUGUCAUCAAUGCUAGAAGGUGAAGAAAAACCACUCAACACAGAUUCUUUCUGGAACCAUAGUUCAGAAAACCUGGAUGCUAAUGAUACUGUUUACAGAGAUAAGAUUCAACUACGGAAAAUAAGUGUGCAUAUGGCCUGUUGAAAUACCAGCCCUAUAAAAACCAGCUUUUAAUUCUAGGAAAUGGUGCUUUCUUAUAAUCUUUAUGCAUUUUUCUAUUAUCUAAAUUCCAUAUUUUGCCUAUAUAAUUUCUAUAAUUGUUGAUUUGUAAAUUUUUAUAACUAAAACUUUUAAAACACACACACACACACACACACACACACACACACUUUCUGUAAAUCAGUAUGCCUUUGGGAAUAUUUUUUAACCAUUUAACCUUUUGAGAAUUGCUGUAAAAUAAAACCAUCCUCAGAGAAAACUGGAGAAUACAGGCUUCAGAUGUGGUGUUUAAGGAAAAAGCAUGUCAGGAACAAAUAGACUAUGUUUUUUUCUGCCCAUAAAAGUCAAGGUAUUAAUAAGAUGUGGAGAAGGUUGAACUCAGACUUGAGUAUAGUUUCCAAAAUUGAUAUGCUGAGGACAGGAUGAAGUCUUCAUACUCUUUAUGCUGAGUAAUGUGAGUGCAUUAUAGAGUUUAGUUAUUUGGAAAAAAAUCCCCAAAUAAGGUAUUUAGGGUGGGGGAUAUUAUUUUCAAUAGUGAAGAAUCACAUCCUCAGUUCCAGGGUGAAAUAAAAUAACUGGAAACCUUUAAAGCAAAAUGAAAAAGGCUUAUGAUAAAAUAAAUCAAAGGAAUUAAGAAAUUAGUAUUCCCAGAGAGGCCUUUCUAGAGUUUUGCUUACUUCUCUCACUGCUGUGAAAAUUUACUUGAUAAAGCAACUGAAGGAACAAUGAGUUUAUUUUUGCCCAUGGUUUAAUGGUGGAGAAGGCUGAGGUGGCUGGCUGUGUACCUGCAGCAGAAAGCAGAAAGAGGUAAAUUCUAGAGUUAAUAUUUCCCUCCUUCCUUCUUCCCUCCAUCCCUCCCUCCCUCCCUCACUAACUCACUCUCUUUCUUCACUUUCAUCAGUUAAGGACCUGAAGCUAUUCAAUGAUACCACCCACACUUAAGAUGAGUGUUUGCAAAUUCCUUAAUGCAGUCUAGAAACCUCUUCUAGCACAUGCUCAAAGGAUUAAGCCAAGUAACUCCAGAUCCUGUCAGGUUUACAAUCAAUAUUCACAGUCACACAGGGCAAUGAUGUGAAAUGGAGGUAAGCAGCAUAGAUGGGGGUUUUGACAGCAGGAAUAUAGGCAGGAAGAGACAAGAGCUAAGGUUGAGUGCCUCUCUCAUCUUAUAAAUCCAUGUCUUACUCCUCGUUCUAAUGAUACUGGAAAUUUGAGCGUAAUGGGAUGUGUUUUCUUCGUGGUCUCUUCUCAUCUAUGGAUUAAUGUCACUAAAAAGCAUUUGUAGAAGGAACUUCUGUUUGUUUUUUUCUUAUUAUUUGUUGUGCUUUAGCUUUGCUCUUCCAGCAUGUGAGGGUGAAACAGACUAUUGCUUAGCACCUUGACACUCCACUUUUCUUGUUGAAUAACCAUAACUCCCUCUCCAGCUAGAGAUCAUUAUCAACAUCUGCUGUGUACACACAACAGUCUGCAAACAAUAUGCCAGAAACCUAUUGGCAACAUGGGCACCCACAUACAUCAGAUAGAAAAUAUAUAUGUUAUGAACCUUUAAAAUGAUUACUGUCCUUAGAACUACUUUCAUUAAAAUCUUAUGUAUAUUCAAAUAUGUCACAGAACCUUCUUGAUACCAUAAAAGAAGGCUUAAUUCAGUCUAGACUAAUUUGAGUAAAUGUAUAUUUAGACAAACUGUGUCUUUAAAGUGAACUUUUAUGAUGGAUAUCCUGUUUACCACCUCCUUCCUACGUAUACUUGUGUGUACAUAAUCAAAAUAACCUGUUCUGUGGAAAGGGACAUACACGAGGAGUACAUGCCUACCUUAUCUAGCCCAUCAGUUGAAAUAAAGACUCACCUGUGUUACAUCCCUUCAGCAAAACAGCUUCUUGUCUUGAACUCUAUGAAAGAAACUCCAAGCAAAAACUGGAGCCCGUGAAUACCUUUACUUAUGUGGCCCACAAUUGCUCCUCACAAUAUUGCUUUCUGAUCUGUACUGUCAUUUUGCUUUGAAUAAAGUUUCACUGCUUCUAUACAAAUCUGUGUGAGCCUUUACCCCACAUCUUUAAAUAAAAGGGCAAAAUUUUGGAAA